AAGAAGUUACAUGAUGCGCCGCCGUCGUCGAAUCUGUCCUAUGUAGAAAAAGAGAUCCGUAGUUUUUAUUUGAUUCUUCACUAAAAUGUGGACGACGAGACGUACAAGUUGUACCCUUUGUGCUGCCUCGGACGCAUUUAAGCUAAAUCAGGUGCUUCUUCUUUCAAAAGCGCUACAUUGCCGUGCCAAGGACGCCUACAACAACGACCCGGCAAGCAAAACGCGAGCUGCUAGUACCCUCCAUCAUCGUCGUGUCGCAACAACAAGUCUUAAUCUCUUCUAUCUUCAGAACACCAGCAGUAGCUCUUCUCGUCUCCAAAGUAGCAGAAGAACAAUGGCAACUUGUGCAACGAAUCCUUCGUGCUCCUCCUCGUCGAGUGUGGCCAGCAUCAGUUUUCCAGGAGCAUCUCCGCCGCCACCUCCAGAAAAACUGAUCUCUCGAAAUCCGCGUACCAAUGAAAUCAUCCAUGAGUACGCAGAGAUGUCAGAGAUGGACGUUUUGUUAUGGCUAGACGUACACGUAGACGUAGACAGCGUUUAAGUUUAUCCUUGAUGUGAGGUUUCAUUUUCUACAGUAGCCGCGGUUGGCAUCCCCAUGUUUAUCUGUAUCCUCAAUAAGCACUUCUUAAAGUCAUAUUAGAAGCACGUCUACUUGUCUCUUUGACUACAUGCUCAACGACGAACCAACUACAGACUCGAACCAAAAAUCCUUUCCAUUUCGCUAAUUUCCGCAGUUCUCACCGAGUUGCACACCACUUUCCAGAAGACUCCUUGGCGCCGUCCAGAAUGGACUUCAAAGAGGUGUGAGGUCAUCAGGCGGAUUGGUGAACUGCUCACGGACGAAGUAGAAGAGCUAGCAGAGUUGGUGCAUUGCGAGAUGGGAAAACGAGUAGACGAAGCAAAAGGCGAAGUGUUAAAAACUGCAGGAUUAUGCAAAUACUACGCAGAUCACGGUGCAGCGUUUUUGGAGCCGAAAGAAAUGCCGCCACCGCCGGGAUUGACGAGGACCUACUAUGUUAUGUUCCCCUUGAGGAUGGGUCGUUAAGGAGAACUUGGAUGCGAUGUUCUAGGAUCAUGUCAGGACCAUCGUGUUGAUGUUGAAUGAGCUUGAGCGAAGAAAAAGACAGCCAUCUCCGUACUACGACAUCGAAAUCCAUCCAUUCAUAUGCAUCUUCGCACCUUUGGGUACCAUUCUAUCGAUCAUGCCUUGGAAUUUUCCGAUUUGGCAAGUUUUUCGCAUGGCCAUUCCGGUAAUGCUCGCAGGAAACUGCACCGUCCUGAAGCAUGCACCGAAUGUUAAUUAUGGAAGUGGAACGAUGUUUUUUAACUUUCGUUAGUUGUAUCUUCUAUCAAUCUUAAGUAACAAGAAGGAACAAGUAUUAAUUGUAGUAAGAGUAAGUGUAGUUCGUACACGUACUAUGAAUCAAUCAGCCUCCUUCAUGUCAACGGAUGCGCCCUACUGUGUGAACGCAUUGUCCGACAAGCGGUGAAAGACACCAUUUCCCUGAGCGAGGAGAGUGCUCCUGCGGGUAUUUUUUGGUGAAGUUCGUUUUUUGAUUUAUUCAAGAGAACGAGAUGAUCAUGAUGUUCUCUUCGUAUUCUGAGAGAGAGCCGAAAACUCUUGCCCAACUCACAAAAGAUCCUUCGCUCUCCAAUUACAUCACUUAGAAGCAGUCGUUCCUUUUCGGACGCUCCUGAUCCAGGCUGCGCAGACGCCUUUCGUCCUCUCCCACCCAACUGUCCAUGGUGUCUCCUUGACGGGUUCGGAGCGUGCUGGGCGCGCGGUAGCCGCAUUAGCUGGUGGCCUCUUGAAAAAAGCCGUGGUUGAACUUGGAGGCAAUGACGGAUACGUCCUUUUGGAGGGAAACGGAGAAACAAUAGACGCGAAAUCUUCAAUCCCCGAAGCACUCGAGACCAUCGUCAAAGGACGGCUCUUAAACACCGGUCAAAGCUGCAUUGGGCCUAAACGCAUCAUCGUGCAAGGUGGCAGUGCGAGGAAAAAGUUUGUUGAAGAUAAACUUGUGGAGAUUCUCACGGAAAAGAAGGACGCCGUCGAUUUCUCGGUCCUAGUGCAUGCAGCGGCGAAAGACGAGGUCCAGAAAAAAGUGGAAACAGCUAUACGACACGGAGCAAGGUGUAUUUUCGGCGAUCCGAGUGGAGGUAAGCAGGCCGCGACCUCCAGUGGUAGCUCCACGCCCACGACAACUGCUUCCGCGUUCUUCAAUCCGGUAGUCUUGACCGACAUGACCCUCGACAAUCCAGCAGCUGACGUAGAAAUCUUCGGCCCCGUUUUUUCGAUAUUCUCUGUCGAAACUGAAGCUGAAGCGGUUGCGCUACACAACUCGUCCUCAUUUGGCCUUGGUGGUGCGGUGUUUGGCCCUGAUGCUGAGCAUGCGCGCCAGCUGGCAGAAAGGGAACUUGAUGCAGUUAAGGCAGAGUAGAGUUUCAAUUUCCUGAAGAUACUUAAAUACUAUCGUUGUUGUAGUACUCAGCAUUAGACUUAGAACAAGUAGGAGUGAAUAUACUCAUAGUACAGUAAGCUGUAAGCGGUUAUCCACCAGUAUUAAGGAGGUUUGUCGCUAACAAAAGCAUGGUUUCGGUGAACGACUUCGUACGCUCAGAUGCGUCUCUACCAUUCGGCGGUAUCAAGUCCUCUGGCCUUGGACGCGAAUGUGGAUCAUUCGGUGUCCAUGAAUUCACAAAUGUGAAAACGAUUUCGAUACGAUAGGGAUGGCAGAGGAGGAGGCAGUAGCAGGAGAUCAACCACUGUGAAAACGAUUUCUAUCCGGUAGCGAUAGGAAUAAGUUUUGGGUAGGAGAGGGCGAGAGGCAGUACUCGCAGAUGGCAGCGGAAGCAGAUGCUGAACGAUUCAGCAGAUUGAGAUUGAAUGCUAAGAAGCAGCUGUAGAUCCAAUUGUAGUAUCUAUAAGUAAGUGUACAACGAGUACUGACAGCAUACUUCUGAUGUUCUUGUUUCCUUGUAACAGUGAGUCGAUAAUGUCGGAAUCUCCGAUCAGAUCAAAUUGUAACCCUCACACGCCAUAGUACGCUUCGUAUGCGCAUCAUUAACAUAACAACAACACGCACCAUUUUUCUCGAAGAGACGCGACAUCAACCUAGUAGGCGAUGAUUAUCCAUACGAUUCCGAGGCAGCUGCAGUUUGAUGCUGUGUCUCCAUUCACCGUCAACAACCUUCACGAGGGCGCACGUGUGCACCAUUCAUGAUUGUAACAAAUUUGACCAUGCUUGCAGCUCAAAGUAAAACUGAGCUGCUCGUUAGGAAUAGAAGCGCAGUUGGUGUGACGAAAAUUUAUCGGGAAUAC